AUGCUCAAGCCCCAAGCUAACGCAACCCGCGAACUCGUCUCCCUCGACGGCGUGUGGAACUUCUCUCUCCUACCCCAUCCCCCGAGUCCGGAACAAUGGACCGCUCCGCUCUCCAACAAACUCCAAAUCCCCGUCCCCGCAAGCUACAAUGACAUCCUGCUCGACAAGGCUGUGCAUGACCACGUCGACUGGGUCAAAUACCAGCGCUCGGUGUUCGUGCCGCGCAGCUGGUCUGCGUCUUCGCUGCGGUACUUUAUUCGCUGUGAUGCGGCAACACAUGUGGGGAGGGUCUGUGUUGACGAGACGCUGGUCACGGAACAUGUGGGUGGGUAUACGCCUUUCGAGGCGGAUAUUACGAGCUUAGUGAGACCCGGAGCGGAGUUUCGGUUGACUAUUGCGGUGAAUAAUGAUUUGACAAAUGAGACGAUUCCGCCGGGGAGUAUUGAGGUGUUGGAGAAUGGACGCAGGAGGCAGAAAUAUUUGCAUGAUUUCUUUAAUUAUGCUGGUUUGGCGAGGUCGGUGUGGUUGGUCGCGGUGCCGGCCAGGGGGGUUCGCGACGUCACUGUGCUUACAGGUGUCCUUGGUGUUGAAACAGCAGAUGCCGUCGGUAUCAUUGACUAUCAUGUUGAAACGAGUGGAUCUGAUGCCGAUGAGACCGAGGUUCGAGUCUCGGUCAAAGACGAAGACGGAAAUCCAGUCGUCCAUGCCACUGGUAGCACGAAUAAGAUGCGAAUCGCCAACGUCCGCCUGUGGCAGCCUGGUUCUGCGUACCUCUACACUUUGACCGUCGAGCUGAUCGACCGAAAGACCGACAUACUCCUAGACUCCUACCACCUUGAAACGGGGAUCCGCACGGUGCGUGUCCGAAACAAUCAGUUCUUGAUAAACGGCAAGCCGUUCUACUUCACCGGCUUCGGCAAGCACGAAGACACACCGGUUCGCGGGAAAGGACACGAUGCUGCAUACAUGACCCACGACUUCCAGCUCAUGGACUGGAUGGGGGCGAACUCCUUCCGCACAUCACACUACCCCUACGCGGAGGAAGUUAUGGAGUUCGUGAACCGACACGGAAUCGUGGUGAUCGAUCAGACGGCCGCGGUGGGAUUGAAUCUCGGGAUCACUUCGGGGCUGUUUGGGAACAAGGCGCCGCCCACAUUCUCAGACGACACGAUUAAUGAUAAGACGCGCGAAGCUCACGAGACUGCGAUUCGCGAAUUGAUUGCCCGAGACAAAAACUAUGCGUGUGUGGUGAUGUGGUCGAUUGCCAAUGAACCUGGGUCCGCGGAAGACGGCGCACGAGAGUACUUCGAACCGUUGGUGUCGUUGACUAGGGAUUUAGAUCCCACGCGACCUGUCUGUUUCACGAACUUUGCGCUCGCCAUGGCCGAGGAAGAUCGCAUCGCCGAUCUCUUUGACGUGCUGUGUCUGAAUAGAUACUAUGGGUGGUAUGAGCACACCGGGGAUCUAGAAACUGCAGACAUUGCACUAGAGACCAACUUGCGCAGCUGGGAAGCGAAGUAUCACAAGCCCAUUGUAAUGACAGAGUAUGGUGCUGAUGCUGUGUCUGGCCUGCACACUGCCAGUGAAGCGCCGUGGAGCAAAGAGUUCCAGUCACAAUUGAUCGACCUAUACCAUCGAGUAUUUGAUCGUGUGGAGAGCGUGGUUGGCGAGCAUGUCUGGAGCUUCUCUGACUUCCAGACUAGCUCACAUGUUUUUCGAGUGGAUGGCAAUAAGAAGGGGGUAUUCACGAGAGAUCGUAGGCCGAAGAUGGCGGUGCGAGCGCUCAGGCAGAGGUGGCUCGGGCAAUGGAAGAGAACUCCUUUGCAUUUCAAGGGCAGGAAAAUAUGA